AUGAGUGCUGGUGCUGCAUCGUUACCGUGUCCUAUAUGUUCACAUACAGGAGUGUUUGAUUCUGUACAGACUCUUAAAGAUAGAUUAAUCUACGUAUCAACAAAUACAAUUUCUUGUCCAGUUUGUCAAGAACAAGUUUUGGGUCUGGAUAAACUCAUUAUACACUUAUUCAGCCAUGUGAAAGUAGUACCUCCAAAGAAAAAUGCUCAAAUGAAGAUGUCGUCAUUAGAGAAAAACAAUGGUAUUCUUGCAGAGCAACAGAGAAAGAAAAAAUCUGUAUCUAAAAAUAAAGCAACUUCAUCUACAGGGAAUACACAAGUCAAGUUUGUAAAAAUAUAUCCCAAGUUACCAGUUAUAGCCAUAAACACGGUGCCAAUUUUAGAUAUAUGUCCAAAUCGUGAUGGAACAGGAAUGCAAAGCCAUAAUUCUCUUUACGUGUCAAAAAUAAAAACUGAAGCAUCCCUAUUACAACCAAAUAAUAGCAAAUGUGAUAUUUGUGGCUUACAUUUUGUUGAUGCCGACAUAUUAAGAAUGCAUAGAUGUUUAAUUCACAACAUUGAUGAUAUUACCCACCAAACUUUCACUCGAUAUGACUGUCAUCUAUGUACCAAAAGCUUUAAGAUGCGGGGAUCUUUAAUGGUCCAUUUAAGAGUAGCACAUUACGGAUUCACCUCUAAUAAUAAGGAAGAACUGAACGAAAAUGAUAAGUGUGAAGAGAAAAAUGAAAGUGUCAUCUCUGAAAACAAACCCAAUGAAAUCGAAAGAAGUAACGGAAAACAAUGGCAGUGUGAUGUAUGCCAUAAAUGUUUCACUACAAAAUAUUUCCUUAAAAAACAUAAGCGACUUCAUACAGGUGAAACUCCAUAUGCGUGUAAUCAAUGCAGCAAAACUUUUACAUUUCAACAGUCUUAUCAUAAGCACCUGCUAUAUCACAAUGAUGAAAAACCCCAUACAUGUAACUUUUGUGGAAGAGCAUUUAAAGAACUUUCGACUCUCCAUAACCAUCAACGUAUUCAUACUGGUGAAAAACCUUUCGCAUGUGAAACUUGUGGUAAAUGUUUUCGACAACGGGUCUCCUAUUUAGUUCACAGGCGCAUUCAUACCGGUGCAAUGCCUUAUAAAUGCACAGCUUGUGAAAAGAGUUUUAGAUACAAAGUAUCUCAAAGAACUCAUAAAUGUCAAGCUCAGCCACCUGGUACAGUUGUUAGAAAGAUGGGUGAACUUGUCGAAAAGCUUAAAAAGAAAAAAGAAUGUGAUAUAAAUGUUGAUUCAAUUACUCAAAAUACUAGUUAUCCUGAAGUAUCGGAAGUAAAUGCUGAACUAGUAAGAACAGGUGCUCAAAUAUCAUUGGAAGAUAUGGAAUCUGAAAAUUUCACUAUAAUUUCCGAAGCUUUCAGUGAAAAUCAUGCGAUAUGCUCUAAUUAUCAAUUGGAAUUAGCAAGUAACAGUGUAUCAGAUGAUACAAAUAUCGAUUUGUAUAGAUCUAAUAUAGAUGAACUAAUAGAUUCAGUACCUAUUAACGACAAAAAUAUUCCAUCGCCGUCAGACAUUUUAAAAAACCUUUGUUUAUCAAAUGACGAGGAUUUCCUGUGUGGGAAUAAAAAUAGUGAUAUUGGAAAAAAUUACGACAUUAAUAAAGAUUUAACUGACUUUUUA